UUUUUAUUUUUGAUUAUUGCCCCCUCUAAAGUCCUACCUUCUAUCAUGGCUUUCACUGCAAUCUCCCAUGUGGAAUCUCGACAAACAGAAUAGGGAUUAGAUUUAUAUUUUGAAUUAAGUUGAUGUUGGUUAUGCUUUCAAUCUUCUACAAAUAGAUACCGUAGCACAUUCCUACCCAAACACUUUUCUUCCUAUUCAUUAAUCAAAUUCCUCUAUCUCAAUCUCUUAAUCUCUAAUUAAUCUGUUCAAUAUCCAUUUAUAAUGGCGUUAGAGGGUACUCUUAUUGAUGGUGCACUGAAGAAACUGGUCACUGUAGUUGCAAGUGAGAUUAGUCUGGCUUGGGGUGUCAUGGAAGAGCUGAAAAGGCUUGAACACACAUUGGAGGUUAUUGCGGCUAAAACAUCUGAUGCAGAGAGGCAGCAGGUGAACGAUGCUGCCGUUAAACUUUGGUUAAAAAAGCUCAAACAAGUAACUUAUGAUGCUGAUGAUGUUCUGGAUGAAUUUGCAUACGAAGCUAUGCAUCGAUAUCAUAAGAACAGUAAGGUAAAAGUUUUCUUUUCAUCCUCCAAUCAAGUUGCCUUUCGUUUCAAAAUGGCUCGUAAAAUCAAAGAUAUCAAUAUACAGUUAAAUCAAAUAGCAACUGAUAUGGGAAGAUUUCAGUUUCAAACAAUUAUUAUUGCUAAGACUAGUGGAUACGAGCAACAUAAUAAGCGGUUAACGACUUCAUUCUUUGGAGAUGUUUCAAAAUUUGUAGGACGAAAAGAAGAUAAAUCAAAGAUAGUAAGGAUGUUAACAACGACGAGCAUAUCGUCGUCAACAUCAUUACAAUCAUCUUCUGUAAUAUCUAACAUACAUGAAAAAGUCUCCGUCAUAUCCAUUGUGGGUAUGGGGGGAGUCGGAAAGACCAGUCUAGCACAAUCUAUCUACAAUGACAAAUCAGUAGACAACCAGUUUGCCAAAAAAAUGUGGGUCUGUAUUUCUGAUGACUUUGAUAUGUUUAAAAUUUUAAGAAACAUUAUAGAGUCUUUCACUGAUGCUAAAUGCGAUGAUUUCUCAAAUUUUGAUGUUUUAGGAAAAAAAGUUAGAGAACAAUUAGAAGGAAAAAAAUAUUUGCUAGUUCUAGAUGACUUGUGGAAUAAGGACCACAUAAAAUGGGAAAGCCUUAAGGGUGUCCUAGACUGCGGCUCUGUUGGCAGCAAAAUUAUAGUCACUACACGCUGUCUAAAAGUGGCAUCGGUGGUGCAAGGUUCUAUUCCUCCUUACAAACUAGGUGUAUUAUCUGAAGCAGAGUGUUGGGCUAUUAUUGAGAAAAAAGCUUUUUCUGCUGGUGGAGCUUCUAAGACUUCAACUAUGGAAACUUUAGGAAAGGAGAUAGCAAAAAAAUGUGGAGGUCUGCCGCUUGCUGCAAACUUUUUUGGUAGUCUUAUGCAUUCACAGAGGGAUGAGAGGGAUUGGUUAUCAUUCAAAGACAACAAAAGCUUAGAAACACAAGAAAACUCUAGUGGCGGCGGGAUCAUACCAAUAUUGAAACUGAGUUAUGAUAGUUUACCAUCCCAUCUGAAACAAUGUUUCUCAUACUGUUGUUUAUUUCCCAAAGAUUGGGAAUUCCGUAGAGAAAGAUUGAUUCAGUUGUGGAUCGCUGAAGGAUUUAUUCAUCCACCAACUAGUGGAGGAAAUAGAAACUCGCUCGAAGAUAUUGGCAAUGAUUACUUCCUUAGUUUGUUAUCCAGCUCUUUCUUUCAAGAUGUAAAAAGGGAUGUCUACCUAGGUGAUAUUGAAACGUUUAAAAUGCAUGACUUAGUGCAUGAUCUUGCGUUAAGCGUUUUUAGCAGUUAUGAAGUCAUGAUUCUGAAUAAAAGUGAAAUGGAAAAUGAUUUGUCUCAAAUUCGUCGGCUACAAUUAAUUACGGAAGGAAUGCCAGAAACACAUUUUGAUGCAUUGAGCAAUGCAAGAAAAUUGCGGACAAUUUUGUUUCAAGAGGAAGCUUUUGUUUUUCCUAGUCCACAAAAUAACAAGCGUCUUCGUGUAGUACAUCAGCUAGUUGGUGGUCUGAAAAAUCUGCCUUCCAGUUUAAAGUUUAAACACAUGAGGUUCCUUGACCUUAGAUUUUGUAAUCUUAAAGAUGUUCAUGCUGCUGAGUCCAUUCAUCAACUCUACAAUCUCCAAACUCUCAACCUUUCUUUUUCCAUGAAUGUUCGAAACAUUCUCAACGAAGGAAUUGGUUCUUUGACUAAUUUGCGACAUCUAUAUCUCUCUUCUUCAGACGCCAACCUUCUUCCUGAUUCUAUUACGUUGCUCACCAAUUUGCAAACUUUAGACAUCGAUUUUUGUGGUAUAACUCUCUUACCCAUAAAUAUUGAUCAUCUCCACAAUCUAUCUACCCUUAAUGUUUCAUCUACAGAAAUCUCAAAGUUACCCGAUUCAAUCUCUUUCCUCUGUAAUUUAAGGGAGUUCUCCUUCACCGGUUGCGAUCAAUUACAAUCACUACCUCGUAACUUUGGAUCUUUGACGCAACUAAGGUCACUUAAUAUGUUUGGUACUAAUAUUACAGAAUUGCCAGAAUCUUUGACCAGUAACAUUUGUAAAUUAGAGUGUGUGCGAUUAGAUGAAAUGUGUAAGUUUCCCGAAGACAUUAAGAACUGGGUGGAAUUGAGAAGUCUGGAAUACUGCGGUAUCGGUAAGAUAGAUGGUAUAAUAAUGCCUAGUGGUAUGGAAAAGCUAACUCGCCUAGAAGUAUUAGAGCCUUACAUGGUGAGAAAUAAAGAUGAUGUCUCCAAUAUCCACCAAUUAGCAAAUCUAAACUCCCUUCGGAAGUUAGUGAUUGGAAGUCUAGAGAACGUGACAGGUGGUAAAAUAGAGGCGAAAAGGGCAAAAUUAAAUGACAAGCAAAACCUUCAACAUUUGAAUCUACUAUGGAAAUCAUGUUAUUUGGAAAGCGGAUGGAUGUUUGCAGAAAAAGAAGAAGAAGAAGAAGAAGAAGAAGAAGAAGAAGAAGCAGCGGUUGUUAAUAAUUAUGCUACGGUACUGGAAGGUCUCCAACCUCACCCUAAUUUGGAGGAAUUGUCUAUCGUGGGUUUUCCUGGAUUAAAGACUCCAAAGUGGAUGGGAUCAUCUUCUUGUCUUCCUAACUUAGUGCAAUUAAUUAUCAUCAAAUGCAAGAGUUGUACAAGAUUAAUAGGCCUGGGUCAACUCCCGUGUCUUCAGAAUCUUAAGAUAAAAAGAAUGGAUUCAGUCAAGUGUUUAGGUGAAGAGUUUUAUUACCAGCAAGAAGAAGAAGCAAAUGAUGGUUAUGCAAAUUCCACAACAGCAACAACAGUGUUAUUCCCUUCGCUAACUAGCUUGUGCAUUGAUGAUUUGAGAAAUUUAGAAGAAUGGGUUGCACCUGAUAAUUCCUUCCCUUGCCUUGAGAAAGUAUUUAUCAACAAGUGUGGUAAUUUGAUGUCGUUACCAAAUUUACAAUUAUGGACUUCUUCUCUCACGGCAUUAACCAUAAGUGAAUGCGAAAAAUUGGGAAAGGAGCAUUUGGCGUAUUAUUUCAACAAAUUCCUCCCAUCGGUUCGAUACACACACAACUACUAGAUCAACAAAUUCCGUUUUCCCUUCCGAAAUUUAUAGAAGAAGAACAAAUAUUAUUCUAAUAUCAAAGACGUGAAUCAGGAGGAAGAGGAUGCGAGUAACUCAUUUCUAAGAAAAAUUGGAUCAGUCUAGUUUAUUGUUUUCUCUUCCAACUUGAAGAAGAAUCAAAUUGUAAAUUUCAGUUUUGUAUUGUGCCUUAUGAGAAUAUGAUUUUCGUUA